CAAUUUGGUUACCCCAUGUGACUACCCUCCCUAGCAACUGGGCCAAUUUGGUUACCCCAUGUGACUCUACCCUCCCUAGCAACCGGGCCAAUUUGGUUACCCCAUGUGACUCUACCCUCCCUAGCAACCGGGCCAAUUUGGUUGCUAAUGAGACCUGACUGGAGACACUCAGCACACCCUGGAUUCAGACUCACGACUCCAGGUGUGACAGUCAGCGUCAAUACUCGCUGAGAUACACAGACCCCGAGAUGUAAUUUUUAAGUUAAUGUUGUUUUUACAAAUUGUUCGAAAAACAUUUUAUUGCAUUUUGUUGAAAAAAUUAUUCAGCGAGAACUUCAUCGUUAAUUUCACAAGUUUUUAAACAUGUUUCAAGGUGAAAAAUAUUUAUAUAUUUUUAUCGUUUUUAAGUCAAGAAUAUUAAGAUGAUUUUCUCAUGUUUGCCCCAAUGAUCCAAAUGUGCCUUUUCAUUAAAAUGUCAAAAUAUGACACAAUAAUGAUUCGUUAUUAAAUCUAAACACUUUGUGAUUUUAGUCACAUGACAACAAUAUUUCUCCCUGCGUGUUGAUUGCAUCACAUGACUUUGAUUUGGUUGACUAAAGUUUUUCGAAUAAUAAUCAUUUUGAAAUGUAUUUGUUUCACUUUUGAAAUAAAUAAUAAAAGAUUAUUCAGCUCAACUCAUGCCAACAUUUCUUUGUGUGAUGUUUAACACAAUUAAAUAAAACUUCUAAUACACGUUACAUUUUUUAAUUACAGAUUACUCCGUUCAAUCAGAUUUAAUUUAGUUAUCAAAUUAAAAUGCGUAAAUCUCAUUUGUGUAGGGAUUUGAAAUGUAUAUUGAAACGGUUUAAAGGUCUUCUGUGUUGGUUGUUAUUGGUCCUGAUGUUGAGGGGAUGGGCUCACGAGCGCACUGAUCUUUCACACAUCACUUUUAGAGGAGAACGCGUGCGGCCACAUGAGCAGAGCUGCUGUAAGAGGAUUUAGAGUAAACAAGCAGAUUAUAUUGUUCUAAUCAAAAGAGAAGUUUUCUCUUGCGGCUCACUGUGAGUUUGCGCUGUCGAGCAGCAGUCUCUGAUCCACACCGUGUUUAAGGAUGAGUACUCCACAAACAUGCAUGAGAUCAACUCUACAGUAGAAGGGUGAGUUGUGCAUUUCAUAUUAUUGAACAUCAUUUGCAUCUUUAUAAUGGCAUUAACAACAUGGCAUGUGACGUUUUUAAUUAAUUUUUUAGCAUAACUGAGAGACUGCAUGAAAUGUUUGUCAUUUUAAACAUGUAUUUGUCACACUGCAAGACCAUUAAACCGCUUAUGAAACACUUUCAUGUGAUCAUUAAGCUGAGAUUAAUAGUUAAGGUGCAUGUUAUUUGUUAUAUCCUUGAUUAGCCACGUUUACGCGUACGUUUUGUGUUUUUAGGCACAUUGGCACCAGACUCCGUCACGAGUGGACCUGAUCUUCUUAAUUAACAAUCUGGACUCCGAACAGACAACGAUGUGCCAGUGUUACUCUGCCAUCCUUGUGCUCUGCUUACACAUGGUGACAUGUGGAGCGGAGCUCCGAGCAGCGGUGUCUCCUCUGGGUUUGAGUGAGAGUGAACAGGAGGAAAUCGUCUCCCCUCACGACUCUCGUUCAGGGAUUCUCAAAUCUCUGCGGCUUUUCUCCCACCCGUCCCAAUCUAACCCUGGUGCGCUGGAUCUGUGGGCGUGGUUAUCCAACCACAGUGACACCGAGGGAACCCUCUCAAGGGCCAAACGUCGUCCCUAUGUGAAAACAGGCAAGUUUAAGAAGAUGUUCGGUUGGGGCGACUUCCAUUCCAAUAUCAAAACGGUAAAGCUGAACCUUCUGAUCACUGGGAAAAUCGUCGACCACGGCAACGGAACCUUCAGCGUCUAUUUCCGGCACAAUUCCACCGGCCUGGGCAAUGUGUCCGUCAGUUUGGUCCCGCCCUCCAAGGCCGUCAAUUUUGAGAUCACUGAACAGGAAACGAUUGACGUACCCAAAGACAGUAAGGUCUUCAACUGUCGCGUGGAAUACGAGAAGACGGACCGCAGUAAGAGGACGUCGAUUUGUAGUGACUUCCCGAACCGGGUUUGCCUCCAGGAACAGACCCAGAGCCACGUGUCCUGGCUUUGCUCCAAGCCCUUUAAGGUCAUCUGCAUCUACAUUGACUUCUUCAGUGCAGACUACAAGUUGGUCCAGAAGGUCUGCCCAGACUACAACUACCACAGUGACACUCCCUACACCUCUGGGGGAUAGCCCCGCCGUACCCGAGGUGUCAUCUCCUUGUUGUUUCUGUCUCGCUAGUCUUGCAAAGCUUGCAAUGGAAGCAAGCUCAGAUGAGGAACCAACAUGUCCUGUCCUUCUCCUGGGCCAAAACUCACACAUCUUCAGUUUGCACAGUGACCCCCGACCCUUGUGAUGUCAUCAGUGUGAAGUUUCAAAUAGGCUGGGAUUUAUAAAAAUGUACUGCCUUCAUUUGUGACCCCCCCCCCCGUUUUCUGUUUACAGAAACACAAUGUCAGUCACUAAGAUUAAUGUUGAAGCCAUAAUGAGCUGCUCUGCUGUCUGUUCUUUCCGUAUUUACUUUCCGUUAUUAAAAUGUUGCUUGACAAGUCCAAUCUCUGCCAAACUUUAUUACAGAAUGAUCUUAAAAGCACCCGAGUACCUCUGGGACUACCAGUGUUUGUUAAAACCGUAAACUGAACAUGCCAUUAUGCCAGUUUAACCCCCCCGUUGUUUCUUUAGGAUGAAGACGCGGAUGACAGACACGACGAUGUUAGUGUCCGGGUAACUUAUGGCUCGAUGUACACGGCUUUUGUGGAUUUGCGGCACGCUGGCUUUAAUCUCAGUUUAAGUCGUCUCCAGAUGUUUCAAGAAUGAAAGAAGUGGAAGAUUUAGACUUUAUUCAGGUGAUUCCUGAGGCACUAAAGCGACAGAAUAUGGGGAGGUUCCAACAACAUGUGUGUUGAUUAGUGAUGCAUGUUUUGGUUUUAAUACAAGUUAAACUCAAUCGACAGCAUUUGUGGCAUGAUGUUGAGUACCACCAAAAUUAAAAAAUUUCUUUUCUUAAACCCCCCCCCCCCCCACAAAUCUGUGUUCCAAUGGAAGUUCAGUUUAAUUGUUACUUGUUCAGUUCAUUAAAAUAAAGCAA